CACGUUACGAGGGCGGGGCAACGAGGUUUUCGGCCUAGUGAGCACUUUUCUCGUUCAGCCGCCGACUACACCAAGCCUAGGAAACAACAAAUCACCAUGAAAACGCUCUGGGGUUGUUCGAGUUGUGUCGGGCUCCUGGCACUGGCGGUCCUAGUUCCCGCCACGAUAGCAGCCCAUGGCGACGCAUACCAGACCCAUCGUUUGGACAAGAAUCAUAACUCUCUUCGUCAUCCAAAGCGUGAUCCGACAUGUCAGCAGUCGGGUUACACAUUGUGUGCCGCUUCCGACAAUGGCGGAUGCUGCCCGGAAAACUACGCCUGUGCGGAUACGUAUUGCUACGCUACGACAGCAGGGCCAACGACGGCGUGCGGUCGAUCAGGGUAUUAUAACUGCCCAUUGACAGCCGGGUCAGGGGCUUGCUGUCCCGUAGGCUUCAUCUGCGCGCGAAGCGGCUGCGAACCGCCCGCCGGACAAUCCUUCUCCCCCGUAUGUCCGACGACAGCCUUCGCCUGCCCCUCCUCGCUCGGCUACGGCUGCUGCCCCAACGGCAUGGUCUGCGGCAGCGAAACCUGCUACGCCACGACCCCGCAAACCUUCGCCGUCAGCGCCGCCGUCACAACCACCGACUCGGACGGCAGCACCAUCACCACCGUCCUAACCAGCAGCACCGUGCUGACCGACGGCCCCAGCCCCACCGACUCCCUCUCCGCCACCGUCGCCGGCGUGCCAAAGCUAAUCCCGAGCACCGUCUCCAAGCUCCCCUCGAUCGAAACCGGCUCCGGCUCCAGCUCCGGCAGCAGCGGCCUCUCGUCGAGCCAGCUCGGCGGCAUCGUCGGCGGCGCCGUCGCCUUCCUGCUGAUCAUCCUCAGCAUCGCCGCGCUCGUCAUCUGGCGCCUCCGGCGCACCGAGAAAGCCGUGCAGGCCGCCGGCGCCGCGCGAAAGCGGGGGGAGAGGGACAACAACAGCAGCAGCAGCAGCGGGGCGCCGAAGUCCGGCAGCCGCCCCGCGAUCUCCGAGGUCGACGGCAGCACGGACGUCGACUCCGUCGCGCUCGCGCGCGCGCGGUACCACCACGCGCGCUCCGACGACGCCGCGUCCACGGCCGCGGGCUCCGAGCUCGACGCCUCGGACCGCGGGCCCCUGCAUUUCUACGGGUCCAACGCCUCCACCACGCCCCCGACCUGGGGCCUCGGUAGCAGUGGAGGGGGAGGGGGAGGGGGAGGGGGAGGCUACUUCGUCCCGCUGCACCGCUCCGACGCGUCGGACGGGCGACAGUCGAGCCUGGACUCGUACGCGCGGAACUACAACACGUCGCCGCCGCUGAGGCCGGGGAGUAGCGAGUCGCAAAGAUCGAGGCGCACGCACGCGCGGCAGUGGAGCGACGCGAGUGAGCUGGACGGGAGCAGUGUGGUGAGCGGGAGCGCGCACCACGGAGUGCCGGCGUCGGAGCUGGAGAGUCUGGAGACGAGUGAGGCGGCGCAGAGGAGGAGGCGGUCAAGUAGUUUUCCGAGGCGGGCGAGUGAUCCGCCGGGGCGCGGAGACAGUGGUGGCGGUGGGGUUGGGGGAGGAGAUGGAAAGGGGGGAGGAGGGGGGGCGCUGGGGACGUUGAAUGAGGUCAAUGAGCUCCAUGGGUAUUAUGGCGCGCCGAAUAUGGCGGUCGGGCAGACGCUUUCGUGGAAGAAUGGGUCGUCGAGUUCGUUGCCGAGGACGUGAGGGGUUAGACUUUUUAAGGGGGGGAGUGUGUGUGGUUUAGGAUUCGUGGAUAUAUUAUGUUAUACACUUGCGUAGGUAUGGUGGGGUGUUAACGAAGACGUGGAUAAUAAGCUGGGCUUGUAGACAAGGUCGGCUGGCCAGAGGGUUUACGACGAUUCAUGUUGUCUCCUUUCGCUUAUAUGCAACUCGGGCGGCGUUCUUGGAGAUAUACCCGCCACACAUCUGACUUAUACAUUUCCCCUAUUUCUU